AUGCAGAACGCCGCACGGGCAGCGCCCGGCAGCACGGCGCCCAAAGGAUGCUACAAGUGUGGGCAGGCGGGGCACUGGUCGCGCGACUGCACGGUGCCCCAGAGUCAGUGGCUGCCGCGCCAGCCGCCCCCGGGAGGCUGGCCUGCACGCACGCCAGCUGGCGGCGCGCCCGGCGCCACGCCCGCCGCGGGCGAUGCUGCCGCCGGCGGGGAGCCCGACCCUUUCAACCUCGAGGGCGAGCAGGGGCCCCUGCAGACGGCGGCUGCGGCGCGCAAGGAGAAGCGCAAGCGGCCCAAGCUGACGCUGGAGCUGAUGCAGGCGGCGCCGCCAGCGUGGCCUGGUGCCCUGCAGGGCUCUAAGGGACUGCCUGACGUGAUCACCAACUUCCCAGACGCCUUCCGGCGGCAGUUCAAGGGCAAGGGGCAUGAGGCCAGCGACCUACGGCGCCUGCUGGAGAUGUACAAGCGCUGGCAGGACCGCGUCUUCCCCCACGGCGACUACGACGCCUUCAUCUGCACCGUGGAGCGCCUGAGCGGCACCAACGCCCUCAAGAGCCACAUGCACGACACGCGCAUGCGCCUGCUCAAGGAGGUGCAAGAUAUCGCCGACCCGCCGCAUGUGCAGCUAGAAGAGGAGGAGGCGGGGCCUGGGGCAGGGGCGGGGGCAGCAGAGGCGGGUGCCGGCGCCGCCGCUGCGCGGGCGCUGGGAGAGGGCGAUGAGUUGGACGAUGAUGUGGAGUAUGAGCUGGUGCCGCAGCCAGAGGAUGAGCACCCGGAGCUGGAUGAUGAGCUGCUGGAGCUGCUGGAGGAUCCGGCUCCGGGUGGCGGGGUUGCGCCUGGGCCAGGCACAGCAGGCGGGGCAGGCGCAGCAGGCGCAGCGGUGGAGGAGGAUGACGACGACGAGCUGCUGGAGCUGCUGGAGGAUGAUGAGCUGGAGGCGCAGCAGGCGCAGCAGGCGCAGCAGGCCCAGCAGGCCCAGCAGGUGGCGGUGGAGCAGGAGGCGGAUGAUGAUGAUGAUGAGUUUUACGAGCUUGUGGACGACGAUGAGGAGGAGGAGCAGGGGCAGGAGCCUGCGGCUGCGGCUGCGGCUGGUGUUGGUGCGGUGGGUGGCGCCGCGCAGGGCGAGCGCGCCGUGCUGAGCACCCAGGAGGAGGAGCAGCUCUUGGCCCUGCUGGAGGAAGGGGAGCAGGCGACGGCGGCAGCGGCGGCAGCAGCAGAGCCGGCAGCGGAGCCAGCAGCAGAAGCGAUGGAGGUGGAUGGCGGGCGGGCAGAGGAGGAGCAGGAGGAGCGGCAGCUGCUGGCGCUGGCAGCCGACAGCCGGCAGGCGCUCUCCCAGAGCUUGCUGCCGGGCAGCACCAUCGCCGGCGGCGGCGGUAGCGGUGCCGGCGGCGCCUCGCUGGUGGCGGCCAGGCCCGGCGGGCUGAGCGCUACCGAGGAGGCUGAGUUGCUGGCUCUGCUGGAGGAGGAGGAUGAGCAGGGCGCUGAGGUGGCGCCGCCAGCACAGCAGCUGGACGCCUCUGCCCAGCUGGCGCCUGUGCCCGACACGGCGGCAGACGCAGGGCUGGGCAGCGCCAGCCCACUGCAGACCACACAAGACCUGUGCUUGGUGCCAGACACGGCAGCCGAGGGCCUGCCGCCGGAGGCAGGCGAGAGCGGUGCGCCGGAGCCUUCCCAGGAGCUGUGCAUGCUGCCGGAGACGGCGGCGGAAGACCUGCCACCAGAGGCAGGCGGGGGCAGGGCCGGCGAGCUGCAGGCCUCUGCAGAGCUGUGCAUGGUGCCGGAGACGGCGGAGGAGGAUUUGCCGCCGGCAGCAGGCGACCCCAGCCAGGAGCUGUAG